AUGUUGGAAGCAAAGCCACACUGGCUACCAGGUCCCCUUCACAGCCUGAAGCUGCCCUUGGCCCUGGUACUUCUGGCCUUGGGGGCAGGGUGGGCCCAGGAGGGGUCAGAGCCUGUCCUGCUGGAGGGUGAGUGCCUGGUGGUCUGUGAGCCAGGCAGAGCUACUGCAGGAGGUCCUGGGGGAGCAGCUCUGGGAGAGGCACCCCCUGGACGAGUAGCAUUUGCUGCAGUCAGAAGCCACCACCAUGAGCCAGCUGGAGAAACCGGCAACGGCACCAAUGGAGCAAUCUACUUCGACCAGGUGCUGGUGAAUGAGGGUGGCGGCUUUGACCGGGCCUCAGGUUCCUUCGUAGCACCUGUCCGAGGAGUCUACAGCUUCCGGUUCCAUGUGGUAAAGGUGUACAACCGCCAAACAGUCCAGGUAAGCCUGAUGCUGAACACAUGGCCUGUCAUCUCAGCCUUUGCCAAUGAUCCUGAUGUGACCCGGGAGGCAGCCACCAGCUCUGUGCUGCUUCCCCUGGACCCUGGGGACCGUGUGUCCAUCCGCCUGCGCCGGGGGAAUCUGUUGGGAGGCUGGAAAUACUCAAGCUUCUCUGGCUUCCUCAUCUUCCCACUCUGA